UCAGCUGAUAGGAGCGUGACUACAACUCUGCUGAAACAAGACUUUAGUGCAUUUCAUCUGUUACAGGCAAAGCACCAUGGCUUCUAGUGGACCAGAACCAAGCCUACGCUAUCACAACAAAGUUGUCAUUGUCACUGGAGGUACAAAAGGCAUUGGAGAGGCAACUGUCAGGGUGUUUGUGAACAAUGGAGCUUCUGUUGUGUUCUGUUCAAAAGAGGAGAUGGCCACUGACCUUGAAGCCGAACUGAAAUCCUCAAAGAGAGGAACUGCUAUCUAUGUCUCCUGUGACGUAACAAGAGAGGAAGAGAUCAAGAGGCUGAUUGACGUGACUGUGAAAACCUACGGAAAAAUAGACUGUCUGAUCAACAACGCUGGGUGGCAUCCUCCAGAACAAAUCAUAGAUGACACAAGUGCCCAGGAGUUCCAGGACCUUUUAAAACUGAAUCUCAUUGGCUACUUUCUGACUGCAAAGUAUGCUUUACCUCAUCUCCGGAAAACUCAAGGGAACAUUAUCAACGUAUCAAGUCUUGUUGGAAUUAUUGGUCAAAAACAUGCAAUACCUUAUGUGGCCACAAAGGGAGCAGUGACUGCAAUGACCAAGGCAAUGGCUGUGGAUGAAAGCCAGUACAAUGUGCGAAUAAACAGCAUAUCUCCUGGAAACAUAUGGACACCACUGUGGGAGGAGCUAUCCAGUCAUUCUACUGACCCAGAUGCCAUGAUCCUGGGCGGGAAGGAUGCACAGCUCCUGGGUCGAAUGGGGACAGCUGAGGAGUGUGCCAAGGCUGCGCUGUUCCUGGCAGCUGAAGGUACAUUCUGCACAGGUAUAGACAUUCUCCUAACAGGAGGCGCUGAGCUGAAUUAUGCCAAUAAGAAUCAGCAGAAGACACGAAGCAGCAUUUACCACUGACUGAUCAGAGACUGCAAUGUAAAUUGGAACUCACUGAAUAAAGCUUCUUGUAAAUAAUCCAUAUAAGUUCCCUACGAGAUGUGCUGGAGAUGUAUGUCCAUGUGAUGUUGGAGCAAUACCUGCAAUAUGUUUGCUAGAGGAAAAUGAAUGCAAUCCCCCCAAAAUGAUUAUGAUACUAGGUCCUGUGACCCUCCAGCUGUGAAACUAUAACUCUCAGCAUGCUAGGAUACAAUGACGAUAGCUAAGGAGGCUCCAGAUAAGCUGACUGUUUGCCGUGUUCCUAGUGGGUGAUGUGCACACAAAGUCUACUGAGAAAUAUUUUUUAGGCAAUGGGAAAAUGAUUACAAUGUAAACCAUGAGUAGGGUGUCCAGACAUAUGUCAGGCUACUACUUGUAGCAUCACCAUUGAAAAGCUGAGAUUACUCCAGAAUAUAGAAGACUGUAUGUAUGUUUGGGGCACCUGUCAAGGUGCAUUUACUUUUCAAAAUAUAACAUGAGCAUGCCACACCCCCUUCAUCAGCCUGAAAUGCCUCAAUCUGACAUGUGGUGGGAGGCGUACAUGCCACCUAGGUUACCCCAUGCAGCUUGGUCCUGUGCCCUUCCCUAUAGCCUGUAUGAAUCUGUACAUGGUUCCCCAUGGAUCCAACCCAUCAGUACUGGAGAGUGUUCGAGGGUUAUGCUACCCUUCUCUUAUACAAGGAAUGGGAGGAAGAUGUGGGUAGGCAACAAUCACCUGAGGAACCUGUCCCAGGAUGGUACAGCUUACAUUACAUUAGGGGUGAUCCAAUAGGGACCCUUCAGGAGUACCGGUAUCCAAUUUUUCUUAAAGUGGUUCUCUGGGAAUUAUUUAAAAUAGUCGCCAGCAACCUGUCCUAGAAUGUGAGCAGGACUGUUUGCCUCCAUUUGCAGGGCUGCCUAGGGGUGUGAGGAGCUGUGGUCUCACUACACACUACAGUAUGCUCUGGCACUUUUACAUAUUACCCAUUGUUGAGUGUUCCUGUCAGGAGCUGCUCAGCUAUGAUGGCAUAUCGUAGGCAGGAUCACAUCAUUACAGUGUAGUGAGGUCCUUCCUCAUCAUCCCCUAGGCAGCUCUACAAGUGGAGACAACCACUCCUGCUCACAUCCUGGGACAGGUUGCUGGUGACCAUUUUAAAUAAUUCCUGGAGAACCCAUUUAAGAUGCACCAGCAUAAUACGGCCACUGCUUGUGGAAACCUGACGUUCUGUCAUGCACACUGCCUAGCUGUUGUGUUGCACUGACAGGCCUGUCUUAUAAAUAAGCAGAAUUCAGGUUGCUGAUGGAGUUAUUCAGGAUUAUUUCUUAUGUAGCAAGUCUAUCUGUGCAGCUGCCGUUUCAUCUGUGGCUUUAAUAUCUAAGCUUUGAAGGGGUUCUUGGGGCCCUUGACAAAAUGCAAGCUUUCAGAUAAUUAGUGGAAGGAAUAUCAUAAU